AUGGAACCAAAUCCCGAAAGCAGAAGAUAUGAAACGAGGAGAAAUACAAGAGGAAAAGAACCAGUAGCCAAAUCUCGGAUUGACUGGCAGCGAACUAAGAGAAGUAGUAUAUUGAUUAAUAGCGAGGAAGAGAGUGACGAAAUUACAUCAGCAUCAGAAAAAGAACUUGAAAGCAGUUCAGAUGAUGAUUCAGAUGAGAGAGAGAAAGAUGAACCCAUACACAAUGACGAUAAAGAUGAAACUUCGGUUAACGCAGGUGGCCUUCCAGAUGUUGAGACGGGUGGUGAUUGUGCAGCAGUAGAGGACGCAGAUGAAGAAAGCAUCAACCUUGGGAAACGCAAGAAGUCUCGGAGAACUGUACUGUAUGACAGCGACGAUAGUGACAAUAGCGAGAUUGUUAGGAAAGUGUUUGCCAAACGCAGUUGCAUAAUCGACGAGAACGACUUGUCCGCUGAACACACAUCACCUGCAGAAAAAGAAGCAAAGAGAAAACAAGACAGGCUAAUGAAACUGCAGGAACUUUCCCGACGGCAAUCUACUCGAGGUUCCGGCCUCAGUGAAUGUCAUGAGGAUCCUGAAGAGGAUGUGAUAAUAGAAGAUGAUUCUUGCCAUUCAUCUCUCACACCAGCUGAAAUCAGUGAUGCAUCUGAGGUUGACAGUAUGAAAGAUUUCAUAGUUGAGGAGGAGGAGGAAGAGUUGGAACAAGAAAACUCUGAGGAAGACAAGAGCCAGUCACAAAAGAAAAAGCAAGCUAUGUCAGGCACAUUGCUGCAGAAGUGCAUUCCAUCCUUGGCCCAUGUUGAUCAUUUUGUCCAUUUCCAAAGAGUUGUAAAGGCGUUUCUCAUCAACGCAGUUGACAAUAACUUUUUGAUGUCAUUAUAUGCAGGGAGAAGGCAAAAGAAGUAUGCAAAAGAAAUGUUGACUUCCCUUUGUUACUUCGACAAUGAUUUUGUUCAACCUCGUCUUGACAAUUUAGUGGCGAGAAGUCGCUGGAAAGAACGUUAUAAGGAACGGGUGGAUAGUUAUCCUGUCGUCCGCAUAGUUUCGGGAAAUGCAGAGCAACGUUCCUGUCAGGCCUGUGAACUGCAGAGGUACUGUAGGUUCACAGUGAUUCUGUCAGGGAAUUCGUACGAUAGUAAGACAAUGCAAGUAGACGACUUCAUGUCACAUGACAAGCAGGCGUUGAAGGUUGGCAUUGUGUGUGGCGACCGUACUGAAGUUUAUCACAACCUGAAACAUUUUAAAUACAAGCUGUAUCAGAAUUGCUGCUCUGUAAUGACAAGCAACAGAUUUCAGGACGCGCCAGUCAAAGAUACAGUGAACAGAGUUUUCACACAGCGGUAUAAUGAAGGCUGGAUUGAAGAGCAAUAUUCUGAACUUCAGAGCUGCAUGGAAAGUGCAGAAAACUUCCAAGAUGAGAAAAUAGACUGAGUGUGUCGUCAUUUUUUUUAAAAAAAGAAGACAUCUACUUGCAAACAUGCUUUCCCUUGACUCGUGAUAGUAUUUGAAGAUCAUGCUGCGUUCCAGCUGUUUUUCUUUCUACUGCAAGACAAUCAAUGUGCCUGCAUGUUGUUAUGGAUACUAAUAAGUUAAUGUGUAUUUUUUUUUCAUGGUUCAUUUUAAUUAUCAAAAUAAUCAUCUAAGGACAUUUUUAUAGUGGAAGUCAUCUCUUCUGUGUUCUUGAACACCAGGCAGCUCAGCUUAAUGAUGUAAAAUGAAAAACAGUCUCUGAAUAACCCGGGUGUUCAUUCAGGAAAUGAAAUUUUAUGUGCAGUGAUGCCCAGGUGAAUUGUACCAGUGUAUGAAAAAUGCUUGGCUUCAAUUCUUUUUGAAAGAGGAAAGGUCUACAUGGUGAGAAGCCCAAAGCUGUAAUAUGCAUACUAUUUUCCCAGCACAGUGUUUAAAACCAGCUGUAAACCAGGUCCAUUCCCACUCCCCAGGACACAGAGCAGUAACAAAUUAGCUCUCUAAAACCAACAGGCCAUCAUUGUUUAUGCAUCCUGGAGACCCAGAAUUCAUGGACUUGCAUUUAGCCGGCUGAGCGGUAAAAGAAAUAAAUAUAUUUGCACUGCUAACAA